AUGGAUGACAUUUUGAAACUAUUCAACUUCCUACGCCAGGGCGGCACUGUUAAUAUCGAGCUACAACUUGACAGCAACCACAUAGACGACGCACAAGUGAAGAGAAAGAUGAAGGACAUACUCAGCGGUUUCUACAUACGGGUUCCCCCUGCAGAUGAGCGACGCCAGGAGAUUCGGCGUCAGGGCCUCUUAGACGUGAAGAAGGUCAUCGACGCCGGAAUCACGUAUUGCAACGAGGAAGGUUACGACAUCACGGUGGAUAACAUCAUUUUGGCGUUUUCGAAUAGAGUGUUAGACAUUGAGAACCCUGACCUUGGGAUCCGUCGUGCAGCGAGCACGGAAACCUUGGAUGGCCCAGCAGAGGACAACUACAAAUUUCCAGAAGGUUCCAAGGACGAUAAGCGACUCGGAGGACAGCGACAGUGA